GAAACGUUUCCUCCUCUCUCUUCGAGUCGACCUCCCUCUCCACCCCCGCUCGUCCUCUCCUAAUCUCUCCAAAGAUCGAUCUGCUGCACGUCGACGCCACCGAAUGCAGGUAAUUCUCCCCAAAGAUCCUCCUUGAUCUUCGUCUCUUCGUUUUCCGUAUGUAAUUCUAGGGUUUCGCGAUGUGUUCAAGAAGUUGUUGGGAUUUCCGUUUCGAUAUCAAUCGGUUAGGUGACUUGUGAAACGGCAGAGGGAAGGAUCUUCCAGGGAUUCUCUUAUCCGAUGACCUCCAACUCGGCGAUGGAGGACAUCGGAGGCCUUGACCUGAACGUGGCUGGAGAUGCCGGGGAAGAUGGUGAUGGAGGUUGUUUGGCUGGUACAGGCGACGGGGAUUCGAUUCCACGGGAGGCGGGAAAUGCUCCAUCUGGGGAUCAAGAUGCGAUGAUGAAUGCCGCGGAGGACACGAGUGUUGCGGACACCGGUGGCCGGGGUCUUGAGAUUCCUCGUGGAGCGAAUGAAGCUGGGUUACAGAUCAUGGGGUGUGGUGGUGCUGCCGAAGUUGGGGAAGAGAUGCAAAACGAUGCAAAAGAUGAGGGGAGUAACAGUUGCCUGGGUCACGGAUUCAAAGGUGAUCAGAAUCCUGAAAGCAAUGUGGUAGAAGAGACAGGGAACUCAACUGCAGAGGUUGAGACCGUGCCAGACAAGUUUGAGCCGGCGGAGUCUGUAAACACCAGCAAUGAAGUUGAAUCUACCAAAAAAUUUGAGUCUUCUUUCGUGGAGAAACCAAACUCAGAGAAUGAUCUGAUGACUCGAAAUUUGGUUGAGAGCGUGAUUCCUGCUACUGAAGAUGAAGCAGACGAAAGUUGUUUGGUAGCCGAAGAUGAAUCUGGAGGUCACGUCAGGAAACGAUCAGAAGUUAUGGAGACACAAAUUGUUAUUGAGUCUGCAAAAACAAUGGAUGCCCUUGAUCUCAACGAGGUUGAAGGCGUCAAAGAUCUUUUCAUUGACAUCAAUGCAAAUGUUGAUGGAGAAAAGGAUAAUGGAUUAAAGAAUGAAAAUGGCGUUGUGCUUGUGAGGGAAGUUAUAUCUCACGAAGAGAAGGAACAGACUACAUCAAAUGCUGCAAUCUGGUGUGACUCAGUGGGCGGACAUAUUUUGAGUGAAGAUGACUCACGUUGCUCUCAUGACCUUUCAGUUGGUGCAAAGCAUGCAGAAUGUGCUGCAGAAAAUCUAGCAACACUAGCAUCUGCUGAUUUUGAUGUGGAUAAAGUCAAAAGAUUGGUCGAUGCAUCAGAUCCAGGAGCUAUUCAGGUCGAAGUUUCAGAGAGCAGCAACCAAACUGCAGCCAGAAAAGGACAUUCAUCUUGUACAGAUAAGAAGUUUAUCACGGUUGGAUGGCUACAGCCUGAAAAGGAUACGGUGGAUUAUGUAAGCGGUGAAAGACAAAAGAGAUCUUGCGAUGAUGAGAAGUCGGAAGCUGUUUUUGUAAAUGUAGGAUGUCUAUCAGGGAGCAAAUCUUCCAUGAAUCAAACAGGGGUGGAAGCUGACAAUUUGGAGUGUGUGGCAGAUCAGGGGAAUGUAAAAGGUGGGGCUGUGGAGAUCAGUGACAAAAGUGAACCUACUAGAUGUGGUGUAUCAUGUCCGGAGAAUGUGAGUCAUGUGACCAAGCAUGAUUUUGUUGAUGGACAUAUUGAUGCUACCGAGAUCGACCUGGGAUCUGAUGCAUUGGAUGCAGGAUGUGCAAUGAUGGCUGCUGAAGCUGAUCCACCAGUUGCUUUUGUCAAGGUGGACACUGAAAGGUUGGAGGGAACACCUGAUGGGGGAAGAGCCCAGGUUGAUGUCAUAGAGAUGAGCAGUGGAAUCAAUCUCCCUGGGUAUAGUCUAUCUAUUGCGAAGCAGAAUAAAAGUUUUCCGAAUGAGGUGGUGAACCAUACUGUAGCUGAUAGUCAUCUUCAUGCAACGGAAGGUGUUCUUGGACCUGGAACCACUUAUCAGAAUGAAGCAAUGAUUCUCAAGUCUUCUGUUAUAACUAGUGAAAGGGUGGAUGUCCUUACUUUGGAGGUCAAUCAGGACAAGGAGUCACAGGAGUUGGAUGGGAAAACUGUGGUGGGUGACUUGUCGAUGCCGGAUAAUGAUCAAGGCAGCUCGUCUGUCUUGGAAUUGCCUCUUGUGCCCCGGGAGAGUUCAGUGAAUGCUAGUCCUGAUGUAGAUGCAAAUGGUGACCAGGAGAUGGUGGUUGAUGAACAGGAGAACUCGAAGGGAACAGAUAAGCAAACUGUUAAACAUGCGGCUGCAAGACCUGGAAUUUCCAUCAAGGAUAAGGACCAGCGUGCUUUGCACCACGUGCCUUAUAAAGAUGAGGAUGGUUUCUCCACAUCUGAUCUGGUUUGGGGUAAAGUCAAGAGUCAUCCUUGGUGGCCUGGUCAAAUUUGUGAUCCAUCAGAUGCAUCAGAUUUAGCAUUAAAAUACCAAAAAAAGGACAAUUUUCUUGUGGCCUAUUUCGGGGACAAAACAUUUGCUUGGUGUGAUGUCUCUCAGCUAAAGCAUUUUGAGACAUUUUUCUCACAAAUGGAAAAGCAGAGUAGCUCAGAUGUGUUUGUGGGUGCUGUACAAGGUGCAUUAGAUGAGCUUUCUAGGCGCAUAGGCUUGGGCAUGACUUGUUUUUGUUUCCCUCAAGCAGCUAAUGCCGGCAUUAGUUACCAAAAGGUUGAGAAUUCUGGCAUUCGUGAGGGUAGCAACGGCUACACUUUUGACAGGUCUGCUAUCUUAAGCUAUUUUCAGCCUGGCAGACUUCUUGGUUAUGUAAAGACUUUAGCUAAGUUUUCCAGUGGGAGGACUAAUAAACUGGAGCUUGUGACGGCUAAUGCACAGUUGAAUGCAUUUUACAGGUCUAAGGGCUAUCCUAAACUUUCUUCUUUCCAGUUUGACGACGAUUUAACUGAGAGCUGCGCCGAUAUUCCACAAUCUAAAUCUGAUAGGAUUUAUGAAGUAACCGUUGAACAAUCAAAUCCUACACUCUCAGAUUUAGUGUACGGAAAACGGAAAUCAAGAGUAAGAGGGAGCUACUUCAAUAAUCAAAAGCAUAUAUUGGAGGAUGGCAAAAAACAAAAGAGCUUGUCUGAGCUGAUGGAAGCUGAAUAUUGUCAGUUUGCAAAUGGUGCAAAAAUUGAGUCUGGUAUGAGAGAUGUUGAAUCAGUUCCAAUUUCUUCUAGCAAGAAGAGCAAGGUUACGGAUUCUGAUUCAUCUGAUUCGGGGAGUGGUAAGAAAAAGAGGCUUGACUCAUUAGGAGAUCUGGAAAUUAAGCAACCAUCGCCAGCUAUUAGCAGUUCUUUUAAGAUUGGAGAAUGCAUCCGUCGUGUUGCAAGCCAGUUGACUGGGUCUUCACCUAUUCUCAAAAGUCAUAAUGAAACAUCCAUGAAGAAUGUCUCCAAGAAUGAUAAUAUAUUUGAUAUGUUUGUUUCUGAUGGCUUUAGCCAUAAUAUUAAGCAGAGUCCAAAACUUAGGAUAGACAUUUCAGAGGAUUACUCUUCUCCAGAUGAAAUGUUGUCACAGUUACGCAUAGUUGGAAGAAAUCCAAUAAAAGGAUACAGUUUUUUAUCUACUAUAAUUAGUUUCUUCACUGAAUUCAGGGACUAUUGUGUUUCUAGUUCUGCAUGUCAAAAGAAACAUCCUGAGAAAUCUGGGGUAAGAAGGGGUAGGAAAAGGAAAGUCGACAUUCAAUCAGCUUUUUCUGAGAUGACAGAACUCGAUCACAUGCAGGACUCUUAUUGGUCUGACUUGGUUUCUUACGACAGCCCUGCCAGAAGUAAAGAAGCUCAUACUCGCAGUCAAAGAAAGAGGAGGGGAACUUCAGGAAAAACAUCUACUCCUACACUGGUCUCCAUUCUGCAAGGUACAGAACAUCUACAAGUUGGAACAGUAAGUCCAAAUGUGAGGCAAACUCCACCAACAGAUAGGUCAGUAAUCAGCAUAGAGGAGAAGAUAGUUGAGGAGUGCACACCAACUGCAUUGAUUUUAAAUUUUAGUGGAUCAAAGUCUCUUCCUUCUGAAACUGAUCUGAUUAGGGUUUUCAGUCGUUAUGGACCCCUAAAGGAAGCAGCAACAGAAGUUCAACGAAGGAACAAUCGUGUGAAAGUAGUCUUUAAGAGGCGUGCUGAUGCAGAAAUCGCUUUCAGUAGUGCAGGGAAGUAUAGCAUUUUUGGUCCAUCACUUCUUAGUUAUCGACUUAGAUAUUUGCCAUCAACACCCGAUACUUCUCCAGCGACCAAGCUACCAGACAAAAGGGACUCAUUACUAGUAGAAAGUAGCGACUUGGACAUUCCAGAUAAUCUACAUUCAUCAAUAUCCAGUGCUCCUAACACCAAUCUCCAAGACAAAAGUGAUGCCACACUCACAGAGAGUAGCAACACAAGUAUUCCUGGUGACCUUCGUUCAUCAAAGUCCAACUCUUCUCGGGACACAAAUCUCCGAAUCAAAAAGUGAUGCAUUACAGACAGAGAACAGCAACACAAAUGUUCUCAGUAAACCUCAUCCAUCAAUGUCCCAUUCUUUGCCCAACACCAAUUUACAAGGCAAAAGUGAUACACUACUCUCAUAGAUUGUAGCGAUGCCAACCAACCCAAUAACCUCCAUGUGCCAAUAAGUUGUGGCAUCAGCCAAGGAAGAGGGUGUCUUGAUUCUAAUCCAGACACCAAACCCAGAAGACAAAUGUGAUGCGACACAUGGCAACAUGGACAUUUCAGAACAAGCAGAGACAGAGAGGGUAAUUGUCUUGGGUAGUACUAUGCAAGUUAGAAGUGAAGCAUUAACUCCAAAAGUUGGUGAGGUGGAUGAGCAAGCUGGCUAGAUCAUCUCCCAAGGGUUUCUUGUUGAUAUGCCAUUAAGGUACUUCCAUUUUUUUCUUGAUUUGUCUCAAAAAUUAGGUUGGAGAAAUUCAAGUGCAUGUUGUACAAAGAUGUAAGGUGACCUUAGUACAAAGAGGGUUCUCCUUUGGAGUUCAUAAUAAUCAAACAUUACUUUGGUCAUUUGGAGUUCAUAAUAAUCAACAUGAGAAUGUCUAAUUGACUCGAUUGUUGUCUAAGUGGUCUUCGUGAUAUAAA